UGCUUCCCAUAACUACGACAGUAAAGUUCAACUGGACUGACUGCUUUUUCUCACUUCUCUUGCUAUUGGAUUUUUACUUUUAACUACAAAGCAGAAUAUGAUUACUGCCAACGACCAACAGCUAUUUCCUAACAUGGAGUCUUUCAAAGGCAUCCAUCCAAAGAAAACGAUGAAGGAUAAGUGCAAGGUAAUCGGUGAAACAACCAUGUACUACAGCAAUGCUGGAUCAGUCCAGGUAUUGUCUCCAAUCCCGGGCUCUCCAUCACCGGACAGUGAACCAUGGAGUGACCGUAUCCGUCCAGAUUGUCCGAAAAGGACGUCUCUAAUCAGUUUUGACAGAAAAGACAAAGUUAAGAAGACAAUGUCUGGAAAGAAAAUCUCAUCAAAGAAAACAACAAAAAGAUCCGAUUAUUCUUUACCGCCGAUAACAAAUGUGCCGACAACUGGGCUUUCAAAGAAGAUGGUGGAUAGAAAUCAAAAGACAGACACAUCUACAGAAGCGUGUAAACCAAUAAACAUGCCGAGCUUCAGAGCUGGUCGCGGUAGUAGAAAAGUGGUGACAAAGGGAAGUAACCCGUCUGUACCUGUCCAUUUGUUUGGUCAGGAAUCCGUUGCCAGGUUAACUGCGGGCCCAAAAAUGAUUCAAGCAACAUCCCGCAGGACCAGCAUAUUGUCAGUAAAGAGUGUACGUUUGCCCGUGCCCCGGGGACCUAUGAGGACCCCAACCUCUAUUAAAUUCCUACCGUCACUGUACAGGGACAGUCUACCAUCUCUUCGAGUCCAGGCGAUGGUUGUUCAGUAAAGCGUACAAGACGUACUUAAGAUCAUUGCCUGUCGUUUAUAGCACGAUGUAGAGUUCCGUUAAUAUGCAAUAUAGACUACGAUAUACAGACAAUGUAUUUUAUUGAAAACGAAAUCAACAAAUAAAUGAUUGAGUGGAAUUUGAAUAUUGA